CGCAUACACUCCGCCUCCCACCGUCGCCGCCAUGCUGUCCGGCGUGCUGCUGUUCAACCAAAAGGGUGAGCUGCUCAUUCUGCGCGCUUUCCGCCAGGACAUGCGCCCUCGACUGGCCGAUGUCUUCCGGAUCCAAGUCAUAUCGAACCCACAGAUCAGAUCGCCCAUACUCACCCUCGGGAGUACGACCUUCAGCCAUAUCAGGAGCGAAAAUAUCUACAUUGUGGGAGUGUCAAAGGGCAAUGUCAACAGCGCCUUGGUCUUUGAAUUCCUGUACAAGCUGGUCCAGCUCGGAAAGAGCUACUUUGGGCGCUUCGAUGAAGAGGCCGUGAAGAGCAACUUCGUCAUGGUCUACGAGCUGUUGGACGAGAUUCUGGAUUUUGGCUAUCCUCAGAAUACAGAGACGGAGACUUUGAAGAUGUACAUCACCACAGAAGGAGUCAAGAGUGAGCGAGCACUCGAAGACAGCAGCAAAAUCACCAUGCAGGCGACGGGAGCGCUCAGUUGGAGAAGAGACAACAUCAAAUACCGCAAGAACGAGGCAUUUGUCGAUGUUAUAGAGGACGUCAAUCUGCUCGUCUCGGCGUCGGGCACAGUAUUACGUGCUGAUGUGAAUGGAGCUAUUGAAAUGCGAGCAUAUCUUUCUGGCACACCAGAAUGCAAGUUCGGUCUCAACGAUGCUCUCACUCUUGGCUCACAUUCUGGAAGUCUAGACGGAGCAGCAGGACCUACUGGAAACUUGGCGGGGAGCAAAGCGACCAAAGCAGCAGCUGGUAGUGUCACGCUGGAAGAUGUCUCUUUGCACCAAUGCGUGAAGCUCAGCUCGUUCACCACCGAUCGCACCAUCUCCUUCAUCCCCCCGGACGGCUCCUUCCAACUCAUGUCGUAUCGUUGUUCCGAAAAUGUCAACCUUCCCUUCAAAGUGCAAGUCAUCGUCAACGAGAUUGGGCGAACCAAAGUCGAAUACUCCAUUGCGAUCCGAGCAAACUAUGGCGCAAAGCUCUUUGCGACCAAUGUCAGUGUGCGAAUACCGACGCCUCUCAACACUGCGAAUACCACACAUCGCUGCUCGCAGGGCAAAGCGAAGUAUGUUCCGGCGGAGAAUGUCAUCGAGUGGAAGAUUGCGCGCUUUACAGGACAGAGCGAGUUUGUGCUGUCAGCAGAAGCAGAGCUGUCGGCCAUGACAAACUACAAGGCAUGGUCAAGACCUCCACUGAGUAUGCAAUUCAGUCUGCUCAUGUUUACAAGUUCGGGCUUACUCGUUCGAUAUCUCAAAGUGUUUGAGAAGAGCAACUACUCUAGCGUGAAGUGGGUGCGCUACAUGACGAGAGCUGGUAGUUAUGAGAUACGAUUCUGAGUGAGCGCUUCAUAGUUGUGGCUGCUCAUAGCACAUCAUGACUAUCGUAUAACUCUCUGGCCCUUUGCACGGAAGGCAUCCAUACAGGCAGUGCUUGUGGUCGGUGGUCCUGUCACUUCACGGAUGGUGCGACCCUCGUCCUCAAUCCCAUGCUCAAUGCCAGCGGCGCCUUAUAAGUGUCGCGGCGCUUGAAACAACAGACAGCCAGACCUCACAUGGCUUCACUUUAACCGCAAAACGACCUGAGCAAAGCUUCCUGUCUUACAUGACCAUUGACAGCUCUACAUCUCAGGCUUCACGGAUACAUGUGACCAACCACGACACGAUUGCGAUGAGCGAUCACGAAAAAAGCCUUGCCCUGACAUGCCGUAUACACUUCGAGGACCUCUACAAAGGCUCUGCCGCCAAAAGUCUUGUCGAAACUGUGGAUGAGGAGGGAGGUAUGGACUCUUGGUGCUAGAAACAUGCAAGGCAAGGGCAUACCGUGCAUCGCCAGGCCCAGCUCUACAACAUGGUAUCCACUGACAAGGCUGUUUUGUGCUGGUGUUAGGAGGACCAUGACAAUGUCGACGGGACCCAAGGAUACCAUGGGAGAUGAUUUCGAGUUGUUAAAGAAGGCCCGAUUCGAGUGAGUUGGCGACGAAGCCGGUUCAUUCUGCGGCGGCCUUCAAAGUCCAUUAGACCGUCUCAUGGAGGAGUGGAAGUGCCAGACUUGUUGUGAGGAUCUUGUUUUCUUCAGCACUGUAGCCAUGCCGCUGAAGUGAGGUUCCUAAAGCUUUGACCAUGCUGUGUGUGUAUAUACACAGACCAUUUGGUUGAAUCCAGGCACACGCUGCAUUCACAGAUUCGAUCGUUCCAUCAUCAUCAUCAUCAUCAUCCUCCUCCUCCUC